UCUGCCACAAUGCUGCUGCUCAGCCUGACCCUUAGCCUGGGCCUCCUUGGCUCCUCCUGGGGCUGCGGCAUUCCUGCCAUCAAGCCGGUACUGAGCUUCAGCCAGAGGAUUGUCAACGGGGAGAAUGCAGUGCCAGGCUCCUGGCCCUGGCAGGUGUCCCUGCAGGAUAGCAGUGGCUUCCACUUUUGCGGUGGUUCCCUCAUCAGCCAAUCCUGGGUGGUCACUGCUGCCCAUUGCAAAGUCAUCCCUGGCCGCCACUUUGUUGUCCUGGGCGAAUAUGACCGAUCAUCCAAUGCUGAGCCUUUGCAGGUUCUGUCCAUCUCAAAGGCCAUCACGCACCCUUUCUGGAACCCUACCACCCUAAACAAUGACCUGACACUACUGAAGCUCGCCUCCCCGGCCCAGUACACAAAACGAAUCACACCAGUCUGCCUGGCUUCUCCAAAUGAGGCACUGCCUGCAGGCCUCACGUGUGCCACCACUGGCUGGGGACGCCUCAGCGGCGUGGGCAAUGUGACCCCAGCACGCCUGCAGCAGGUGGCUUUGCCCCUGGUCACUGUGAGUCAGUGCAGGCAGUACUGGGGCUCACGUAUCACUGACUCCAUGAUCUGUGCAGGCAGCUCAGGGGCCUCCUCGUGCCAGGGAGACUCUGGAGGGCCUCUUGUCUGCCAGAAAGGGAACACGUGGGUGCUUAUUGGCGUUGUCUCCUGGGGCACCAGCAACUGCAACGUGCACAAGCCUGCCAUAUACACUCGGGUUAGCAAGUUCAGCACCUGGAUCAACCAGAUCAUAGCCUACAACUGA